UCGGCGCUGUUCGAAAUCGAAACCCCGGAACCCCGCCUUCGCCACUCCCUCCUCCCACACCACCUCCUCCUCUUCCUCUGCCUCUCUCCCUUAAAGCCCUAAAAAAGCCCUAACUGAGCUCGACACCUCCUCCCAUGGACGAUCGCUACCUCGACGACGCCGAGCUCUGGGCCGUCAUCGACUCCGCCGCCGCCUCCCGCUCACGGAAGCCCCUCCUCGCCGCAAGCCCUUCCCCUGCGACCUACCGGAACCCUUCUUACCCUAGGCACCACAUCAAGGCCGAGGAGGAGAUUAGGGUUCCGGCGGACGGGGAGGUGGUGCAGCAGGACGAGAGCUGGGCCCACCGUCGCCCGCCGAAGAUGGCGAGAUUCGUCGAUUCGAUCGAUACCGCAGAUCGGAGGAUGGUCGUAGCUCGGAAUCAUCCUCCGGCGCCGGUGGUCUCGGCCUUGCCGGAGCCGUACGGAUCGCCGGAGACGGGGAGGUGGGUGGUGAAGGAGGUGAGCCCGGUGGUGGAGACCCCGUCGCCGGAUUCUUGGAAGCGUGAGGUGAUCGGGGAGGAGAACACACGGCAUAGCUUGUUAGGGCAGUUCCCUUCAGUGUCUACUUUUAAGCACUACCAGGAGGCAGCGCUCGCGAUUCUAGAUAAAGCUGAUUACACCGUGAUCUCUGGAAACCCAUAUAUAAAGAAGUCAGGAUGGAGAAAGAUAUCAUUUUUCUUCAAUAUCUCAUUUGAAAUCAAAGACAAAUCCAUCGAGUUUGAUGAAAACAGAAAUGUCCAGCGUGCUGAAUUUGUCGUCCGAGCCAUUAUGCAAGGUGGGAGAUUCUCUGAUGGAUGGGGCUCAUGCGAACGACGUGAGAAAAGGUUCAUGAAACCUAACCAUGAUAUUCCGAGCACAGCUGAAACCAGAGCUAAAAAUAAAGCUUGCCAGGACCUCCUUGGAAUUGGACACUUCCGUCCUAUUUGAUUGCAGGGCACAGCAUUGUUUGUAGAAUGUAAUUCAAACACCAUACUUUCCACCGCGCUCUUGUAGAACGGAUGAAUAAAAGAUGUUGGUUUGCAAGAAUUCUCUGAUUAAUGAGCUAGAUAGCCAAAAGAGAAAGGAGAAAACAACAUGAGUAGGAGUUCUCAUCCUUGCCCUACCCACAGAUAUUAAAGGAUUUUCAGGUAAGCUCGCUGAUAAUUCUUUUUCAUGUUGUAUCUGUAUGCUUAUUUUUUUUUCAUCAGAUGAUGGCUUCUUCACCACUCUCUG